UUUUACAUAAUAUCUUAUCACGGCACUAGCAAACCAUGGUUGACCAUCUACCUGACCAACAUGGCUGACAUUUGGACAUUCAUAAAAAGGUUAAGCCAAUCUAGUAUUCUAAUUCCUAUUUCUAUGCAUGCAGCCUAUCUGUAACCAUGGCUACUGGAAGUAUCUAGACAAUUUCGCCGCAGUUUUGGAGAGGGUUUGGAUGAAGACACCGCCAACCGAGGGUAGAGGACCUACAGGCGAAAAGAAGUGCAGACGUCCUAAAAGGAGAAAAAUCAUGCCCAUAAAAUCCCCGGGCUCGAGCACUCAAAGAUGCUUGGCUACCAACAAUGCAAAACGAGUGCCACUGACACAGAAAAAGGCCACUGUACCCAGCCAUCCAGUACCAAGCAGGGUACCAACAAAGAGACUCACCUCUCCGCUACCAAGGUCUACUAGACAUGCUGCAAGGCCAGCUGGCUGCACUCAGAACCACAUAGAGCAACUGCCACCUGAGAUCCUAAUGAAGAUCCUGUGGAACCUGGAUGCCUCUUCUCUCUACUGCAUUAGCUACGUCAACAAGCUUUUCUAUAAGCUGGCCAAAAACAAUGGAAUGUGGCGUAAAAAGUACUCUGCAAAAUAUGGGGAGAGUAAGAAGUUGAAGGCCAAGCACAUGGACGAGGUGGUGGAGAAGCUGAGUGUGAUGAAGGUUCAGGAGAGACCAGAGGGCUACUGGAGAAGGCUGUACUUCAGGACCAUAGCUGGCAACAACCACACCAAGUGGUUGAAGGAGCUGAGAACCAUCAACCCCUACACAGGCCUUCCCAGCCACACAGAGAGAGUCCUCAGAGAGCAACGUGUGGCCUGGGAGAUCACAGUGUGUGACAAGUCGGGCUGUGAGGGUACUUUUGAGCAGAGCCACACUUACUACAGUGACUCGUCAGUGACGGUGUGCUGGAGCAACGGUUCAUGGCCCGCCUUCCACCAACUCUCUACCCUACAGCUUCACGGUGUCAAGAAAGUUCCCCUCAAAUGUCCCAGCGCCAUCAAGCCAGGCUGGUGGUCUCUGAUGGCUCAGUUGGAUAUUGACACCAUCUCUAAGAGCAGCCAGGUGAAAGGUGGAGACAGACUGGUCAUGUUGCUGCUGCUGUCGCCUGGCAUUGUCAUCGGCAUCUGGAGGGGCCAGUUGUCUAUAGCCUUUGUGAUGGCCACCUUCCACUACCACAGGCUGGUGGAGAGGAGUCUCCUGGGCUCGUCUAUUUGCCCCUACACCAUUCCAGAGAACAUGCCUCCUUUCGACGACGUGGACCCGAACUAUGGUCUACAUGGUUACAUGCUACACAUUACCCUCCACAACACCGUGACGGAGAUCAUGUCUGGCCACUUCCCUGAACUCUUCUGUCGGAAAGGUCAGAUCCAUGAAGGCUUCAUCCAGCUGAAUGCCAUCAUCAGGAGUAAGCAGUCCCAGCACACCCCUCUCUCUGCCAGGGUCAGCCUGCCCUGGAGGUCUGACGCUCUGGAGGGGACUGUGAAGAAUUGCUGCAUGAUGAGCCUGACCCUGCUGGAUGAAACCCAGAUGCCCUUCUGGUGUGUCAGCACGCCCGUCUCCAUGGUGCUGGCCAAUGAGGAGCCUUUCUCCUAUGACUACCAGGGCCAGCACUUCCUGAUCAAGUACCAGGAUGCAGAGGGCAAGGUACAGAUGGACGUGGUGCGGCUGGAGGAACAGAGACAGUUCUUCCUUAUUAAUCUGGUGAUCUACAUCAGCACAGUCAAAGUCAACCAGCACUUUGGGAGAGCCUACUAAGGCUGCUGACUGUUGAGUGGACGCUGUAAGUUUGUACUAUAUGAUCUCUGUAUAGUUUUUUAAAAGUAAAUUUCCCUAUGCCCCAAAAUAUCUUAAAAAUAAUUAAUCUG